GCUGCGGCCUCCCGCGGCGAGGAGCGGCGCGGGGCCGCCGGCGCCGCGGGGCGCCGCGUGGCCAGAGGCGCACGGGCGGAACGCGUCUGGGGGGUUCCUCUCCGCAGGGCUGGGGGCCCAGGAGGCGGGCGUCCAGGGGCGCCGGCUGGUGGAUUGCUACAGCAUCGGCGACGCCUGCGAGUGCGCCCAGCACCGGGGCAUCUGCGGGUGGAGGACGUUCGACAGCCAGUGUGGCGAGGUGAGCGAGGAGGAGAUGGAAGCGCCGACCACCACUUGCUGGGAGUGCUCGACCCAGCCGGACUGCGAUCCUUUGGACGCAUGGGCCAGCACGCCCGCUGCCAUACAGUCGCUGCUGCCAGUGGUCCGCAUGUUCGGCAGCAGCGAGGAUUUGGAAGAGCACAUGAAGAAGGAGGACUAUGGUACGGUGUCCGAGGCAAAUGGCCUGUAUGCCACCGACAGCAUCUGUGCGGCUGUGGUCCUGGAGAGCGCCGCAUGCCUCAAUGGGACCGGCGGGGAGUGCUCGUACACCAUACGCUUGAACGGCACAGGGCUCGAAGCCUUUGCCGGCACAGGCACCCUUGAGGCGUUGCGUGGCACUGGCUGGAACUGGAACGAUGCGUCCAGCUCUGGCUUUACUCUCGGGAUGAUGGCCUACGAACAGUACUUUGAAAGCACGGGGUUCGUGCACCUGCAGCAUUAUGUCGAUGACUACCUACUGAGGCCCUCACCUCCCACGUCCAACGCAGAGUUGAUCACGCCGUCCUGGUACUUCUUCGUGCCAUUUCCCCGCACCAGUGGCACCCAGUGGAAUCCAGACUUGCUCGACACGUUUGCUGGCACUGGUUCGACGGUGGGCGAAGACAACGACUACGGCUUGGUGGGAAUGUCGGCGUUUGGGCUGUUAAUAUUCUCGUACUCAAUCGUUAGCCGGGCUUUGCGCGAGAAGGAGGACCAACUCCGGGAUGGUAUGCGCAUGAUGGGUCUCUCAGACACUGCUUAUUACCUGUCGAUAUACAUAUGGGCGGUGACGUAUUUCUUGAUACCCAGCACCGUGAUGACCAUCAUCUGGCAGAUUUGCCCAACAGUGGACGAGGAUGGUGUGCUAAGAAUGUUGGACCUCUUUAGGAAGACGGACUUCAUCUGGGUCUGGCUCCUUUGCUUCUUCGGACUCAUGGCGAACACCAGCUUCGGUUUGAUGUUGGUGCCAUUGGUCGGGAGGGCCCGUACGGGUCGGAUCUUGGCUCCAGCGAUGAUGUACUUUCUCACGUACAUCAAUUUUGCCAAUCCCAGUUCCCUUGCUGCCAAGACUGCAACAGGACUUGUACCCGCCGUCGCAUAUUUGAACGGGAUUUGCACGUGGGCGAAGUUGGAAGACCUUGCCAUCGGACUCAGCGCCUCCACCUUAAAUGUCCAGGUCGGGCAGUAUUCGUUUGGCACCAGUCUCUGGGUUCUUGCCUUGGACGCUCUUCUUUAUUUCGUAAUCUUCUGGUACCUGGACCAGACCGCCCCCUACGGGACGGGACACCGGCCGCUGUGGUUCCCGUUCACGAGGGAAUACUGGGCAGAGUCCUGUAACUGCUUCGAGAGGGGGGAGUCCAUGACGACUUCCGCGAACGAGCAGGACGGGGAGGCCUUCGAACAGCCGACCGCCGCACAGCUGGAACUGACCCAAGAGAACAAGACCCUGGAGGUCGUGGGCCUCAGGAAGACCUUCACGGCGCAGGGCCGCACAAUCGCAGCAGUCGAUGGUGUGAGCUUCAGCAUGUACCCCGGAGAAAUCUAUGUGCUGCUGGGUCACAACGGGGCGGGCAAGACCACGUCCAUCAGCUGCCUCACAGGGCUAGUCAGGCCCACUGCUGGAAAUGCGACGCUCUUCGGCAAUCCCCUUUGGGCGUUCCUCCAGACCACUGAGGGCCGGAAGCAGGUGGGAAUCUGUCCGCAGCACAACGUUCUUUGGACAGAGCUCACAUGCAUGGAGCACGCGACGCUCUUCGGCGCCUUCCGCGGUCUGAGCCGCGCCAUUGCGCAGUCCAGCAGCGUGGACAUCCUGGCGCAGUGCGGACUUUCUGCUAAGGGUGGUGCGCAGGCGAAGGCCCUCAGCGGGGGCAUGAAGCGGAAGCUCUGCCUGGCCCUCGCGCUCGUGGGCGAGCCGAGGAUAUGCUUCCUCGACGAGCCUACCUCUGGCAUGGACCCCACCGCGCGCAGGGACACGUGGGACCUCCUGCGGCGGCAGAAGGAGGGCAGGAUCAUGGUGCUCACAACGCAUUACAUGGACGAGGCGGACGUACUCGGCGACCGCAUCGGCAUCAUGGCCAAGGGACGAAUGCAGUGCCUGGGCUCGCCGGUAUUCUUGAAGAAACACUACGGCUGUGGCUACAAUGUAAACUUCGAGCUCGAAGACGGGAGCACCAAGAGGCAGACGCGUGAGCUGGUCGCGAACGAGUUGGCUGGGUACAGCGAGGUGAGGGCCAUGUCUGAGGCGGGCUCGGAGUUAGUGCUGCUCGUGGACUUCUCUGCGUCCAAGGCUUUCCCAAAGUUGUUCGCGAAGCUCGACGACGAAGGCACGAGGAAGACGCUGGGCCUCCGUGGCUGGAGCAUCGCUGUCUGCCACCUAGAGGAGGUCUUCAUCCGGGUGGCCGCUGGGCAGAAGACCGCGGCCGCGCCCACGUCAAAAUCUGCAGAACACCUUUUCGCCGCAUCAGGGGAGGCGGAUGGGGAUGUCGACGAGGAGCUCCAGCCCAACGUAUGCCGGCAGGUCGGGGUCAUGCUCGCGAAGCGAGCCCGCUACACCGUCCGGGACCCUCUGCUCCUCUUCUGCCAGCUUUUGUGCCCCUGUAUCGCCUUCGCCGUGAUAUUGGGGAUCAUGCAGGGCUUUGUCACCGACGAGGCCAAGUUGGACCUUUCCCUGGACCUGUACAAUGACCCCGCUGUUGAUGCUGGCCACCCGCGGACGGUGAUCCCUUGGGCAGCUGUGGAGUCGAAUGUCGACAUGACGGCGGUCGGCCAGUCGACCGUGAGCAUGGGCCUUGCGGACAAAGCUCCAGGUCUUUCCUUCGAGCCUGGUGCGACCUGCACCCCGGAUCAUGAUCCCAGCGACGUCCUCUGGGAUCAGCAGUGCAGCGACGAGACGUGCUGGGCCACGGCGUGCCAGGCUGAAGACGGUACGCUCAAUCGCAGCCUGGCCAGCUAUGCUCGGGCUUUCGGCUGUGGACUCUUGGGCACCGCUGGGGACGAUGCGGCGUCGCGGUAUGCUGCAGUUUUGCCAGUGUCGGUGAAUGCUUCGGGCGCCUCGAGCAUCGUGUUGGGGGUGAACCUGUCCGCUAUCCACAUCGCUCCGAUCGGGUUGAACCUGGGCUCGAAUCUCCUGCGGCGGGAGGCAGGGGUGCCAGGCCAUGUCAAGGUCGCCAGCCACCCGUUUCCGCAGACCGACCGGCAGCGCUCCGAUUUCUUCGGUGGGGAUGGCCUUCUCCUAUCGCUAGCUCUGAUCCUCCCGGCAUUUAUCUUUCCGUUCCCCACGGCCUUUGCCGCCGCCUAUGUUAUCCGAGAAAAGGAAACAGGCGUCAAAGCGCAGCACCUGAUGAGCGGCGUGGGCGUUGCCUCCUACUGGAUCACAAACAUUUUCGCGGACGUUCUUAUAUUCUGUGCGGCCCUCGCCUUUGUGCUGAUCCUGGCCUUGGCUUUCGGAGCGGACGCCGUCACCGGUGGCGACGCGGUGCUCGCCCUGGUCAUCUUCAGCCUGGCGCAGGUGCCUUUCGGCUACCUCAUUGGGAGCCUUUGCUCCACCGCGGCAACCGCGCAGAAUUUUGUCCUCGCAUUCAACAUGGGCGUUUGCUUUGUCUUCGGCACUGUGGGCUUCCUCAUGCGCCUCACUAACAUCUGCACCGAGCCCCUUGGCCUGCCCGCGCGGCCAGCCGAGUGCGCGGUCAAAUUCAGCGACUGGCUCGACCCGAUCUUCCGGUUCGUUCCAGGCUACUCCCUUGCAGAGGCCCUCCAGCUGAUCGGCUCGGUGAACAUGGCGCUGAAGGCCACCCCUCUCAGCGCGAGGAGCGCGGAGUGGUAUGUGGAGUGUGAGGACGCGGUGAAGUACCUCGAGCGAGUCCCGUGGGCAUGCGUCGAUGGUCCAUUGGACUACGGCGCAGCUGGUGGCCCCCUGACCCACAUGGGAGCAGCCGCGCUUCUUUAUAUGCUGACCAUUGUGCUCAUCGACCUCUUGCAGCUCCACCCCAGGCUGCGGAAGCUGUUCCACUAUGAGGCGCCGGCAAUCCCGAAGCCCGAGGGCUGGGAAGACGAAGCCGUGCUGAAAGAGGCCAGCUCCAUGCCGCUCACUUCCGAAGCCGCGGUGCACGUCUCAAAUGUGCGGAAAGUCUACGGUCCGGUGGGGCUCAACAAGUGCUGUGGCAGCAUGAAGAGUGCCCUCCACGCGGUCAAGGGUGUGAAUUUUGGGAUGAGCUAUGGGGAGGUUUUUGGUCUGCUUGGCACUAAUGGUGCUGGCAAAAGCACGAUGUUCAACAUGAUCGCAGGCCACUUCUCGCCCACAGAAGGCGCCAUCACCGUGGCCGGCCUUGACAUGAGCACAGGCGCUGGUUCUCGCAGGGCGCGGACGCGGACGGGUUACUGCCCCCAGGACAACGCGUUGCUGGAGAUGAUGACGACCCGCGAGCACUUGUUCUUCUACUCGAACCUGAAGGGGGUGCCGUCUGCCGCCAUCCCCAUGGUGGUCGAGGCGAAGCUGGAGCAGCUUGGCCUCGCGAGCUUCGCGGACAACUACGCCGCGAACCUGUCGGGCGGCAACAAGCGGAAGCUGAUGGUCGCGUGCGCGCUGAUCGGUGACCCUCCGAUCAUCCUGGCCGACGAGCCAUCGGCGGGAAUGGACCCGGUGGCGCGGCGCUUCAUGUGGGGCGUGCUCCAGAACGUGUCGGCUCGGCGGAAACGCAGCAGCGUGCUCCUGUCCACGCACUCCAUGGAGGAGUGUGAGGCUCUCUGCGCCCGGUCCGCCAUCAUGGUCAACGGGGUCUUCCGGACCAUCGGGUCCAACCGGGAGAUUCGCGCGCGCUACGGCGGCGCCUACGAGCUCAUGUGCAAGGUCAGCCGGCCGACCGAUGCGCAGUUGGAGGCUCUUACGUCGAAGUGGGGGCAGCCCGAGGACGCACGGCUGGGCAAGCGAUGGGCGGCUGAGGCGAUGAAGGACAAUGAGUUUAUCGUGGCUGCCCUAGACGGGCCGAGCAGCCCGUUCGUCGACGCCAGCGCCACCGUCGCCCCUAAGGUCUUGGCGGAGUGGUGGAUCUAUACAGCCCGCUUCCAGAACCUCCAUGCCUUCGUGCCCAGCAUGUGCUACAGUGCUGAGAUCGUCGAGUGGCAAGGCCCCAUGUCCCAGUACAAGAUCUGGAGCCAUAGCAGCCUCGGGGACCUCUUCACCCACAUGGAGGAGAGAAAGGAUUCACUGGAGAUCACGGAGUACUCGCUGUCCGCAACGACGUUGGAGCAGAUCUUCAACAGCUUCGCCCGUCAGCAGGAGGGGCAGGACAGGCUUGAGGCAAGCGAGCAGCAGCCGGCUCACGCUGCGCACGAUCUCAGUCGUUUCCUGGCGAUUGCGCGGGGCAAAGCUAAGGUGGUCCCCGUUGCUGUGCCUACCGCCGACAUGAUCGCCGCCAUGACGAAGCCUUUGGAUGGCCAGCGCGUCUCGGCCUUCUUGGUGGACAACUCCAAACUGAAAGCAGUCACACCAGGACUGGGCUACCGCACCGCGAAGGACUUGGGCGCCAUGGCCAGCGCCGAGGCGUUCGUGGGCGCGGUAUGGGGCUCCACGGUGCAGGGCGUGGAGACAGGGGACGGUUGGCUUCAGGUCGGCCAGUGGUUCCUGCCGCUCAAGGCACAGGACGUCGCGGUCGUCGUGCCCAAGUACACGCAAGGCGACAGCGCGGCUACCGCCCCUUCCGCACAGGUCAUCGGCGCGCCGGUGUCAGCGUAGGUGUGAAGUGAUCUCGUUCCGCGCGUGUAGUCCGCUGCGCGCAAUGGCUGCCGAUUUUGGGCACGGCGCAAUCUGAGGCACGUAUAGCCUUCACGGGUGUUGGCGCUCCAUCAUCUCAGGCCAACUCGAGUAUAGCGCCGAGGGAGGGUAGCAGCAGACGCAGUCAGCCCAAAGGGGGGCGUUCACUCAAUGUUUGCUCUGCUUUGUGCACGUGCUCACACCUUCUCCUCUCCGCAGCUUUGAUUGGAUCAGGCCAGAGCCCGACAAGGGCGACGGUGCCACCUGAUUUUGCAGGCAUAGCGAUUGAGAAAACAUCCAUCUCAGAGAGUUAGAGGGGGAAAAGGAGAAGGAGCUGCGCCUGCUCCUACUUAUCAUCAAGGAG